GAGGCGAGCUUCUCCCUCCUGCUAGGCAGCUCCUGCCUCAAGAUGCUGCUGAGCUGGAGACCGAAGCUUGCGCGGACUCCAGCAACCCGAGCAAUGAGGCCCCAUGGCAACGGCGUGUCAAGCUUAGGUCUAGCCCAAGCAGUGGCAUCGCUUCGCAGCAGGUGGCAGUCUUGCAUGGGCGAGCUUCUUUCAGAGGACUGCCCCGGGACAUCCUAAGCUCAUUGCCGACAGAGCUUUCGUCGGAAUGGGACAAUGGGCCUAAGGGCAUCACCCUGAGGUUUAUAGCCCGGGGUGGUGAUAAACUUGCCUUUGAAGCAGAGGGAAUGGUGCUGAAAGUGAGCAACAUUUCGCAACAGCCCGAGGUUCAUUUCUCCAAGCUGUUGCCGUUGCUCACUGCUACCACUCACUGGCAGGAGCAAGUCCAAGUGCAGCUCCAUCAACCCGAUGGAGAGGUUUUCCAUAACCACGAGCUCUACCUCACCUGCCAAGAUAAAGUGGUUUUGGCGGCCGAGCUCCUCGCCGCGAGGGGGGAGACGUUUUCAUUUAAGUUUCUAGCUUACGUGGGAUGUCUGCUCACCUACGUGGCAUCCAUGGGGAUCUCAGUGAAGGACACUGGCGCCUCCAACAUAGGUGUCAGUGUCAAGACAGCUUCGCACUCUCACCCAGAAGCUGUCUUCUUUGAUACCUUGUCAUGGACGGUAUCCAAACGCCCCAGCUAUAAGUGGACGGGAUGGAUGGACUGCGCUGCAAAGUACUGUCCAUUGCACUCGCAGUGGCUAAAGCAAGCAGUACUGGGGGCAAACUCCAACCCUGCCUUGGCCUUCUCCAAGCUCUUCUCUGAGUGUCAAGCUUAUGCAGAAAGGCUGGAGGCUCAAGGUGCACUCAAAGGAGGAGUAAUGACAGAGGCCAGUCUGCCAAGCCUCUAG